UUUCCGCCUCGUGUUCUUCCUUUCGUUAAGUGACUUGGACGAGAAUGGCCACUACAAUUUCAAAGAAGCGUAAAUUCGUCGGAGACGGCGUUUUCAAAGCCGAAUUGAACGAGUUUUUGACUCGCGAGUUAUCCGAAGAUGGAUACUCCGGUGUCGAGGUGCGGGUCACCCCAACACGCACCGAAAUCAUUAUUAUGGCAACAAGAACCGACAGAGUUUUGGGAGAGAAAAACAGAAGGAUCCGAGAGUUAACAUCUGUAGUGCAGAAAAGAUUUAAUUUCCCUGAAAAUUCAGUGGUUUUGUAUGGUGAGAAGGUGGCUAACCGUGGUUUGUGCGCUAUAGCUCAGGCGGAGUCCCUCAGGUUCAAAUUGAUUGGAGGAUUAGCUGUACGUAGGGCAUGUUAUGGUGUCUUGCGUUACAUCAUGGAAUGUGGAGCUAAAGGUUGCGAAGUAGUUGUGUCUGGAAAGCUUCGUGGACAGAGAGCGAAAUCCAUGAAAUUCGUCGAUGGAUUGAUGAUUCACUCUGGAGAUCCCUGCAAUGAUUAUGUAGACACAGCCACCCGUCAUGUACUCUUAAGGCAAGGAGUGUUGGGCAUUAAAGUUAAAAUUAUGUUGCCCUGGGAUCCUAGCGGCAAAACCGGACCUAAGAAGCCUUUGCCUGAUAACGUAUCUGUUGUUGAACCUAAGGAAGAAAUUUUACCGUUGUUCCCAAGCAGUGAGGUCAAAGCUGUUAAACCCGAUGCACCUCCCGCAAUACCUGUCGCUGUAGCAUAGGUUAUAAAGAUGAUUUUUCAAUAAAAUUACAUAAAAAUUGACAGGA